AACCCAUUCCAAGGCACGUGAGCGCUCAAAAUGAACGCAUCCAGUUGAUGAUAAAUCUAACCUAACCUGAUUCAAUUUGUCAUAACCUGUAUGAUAAGCAAGGAACCUGCAUGUAAAAUUUCUUCUUUUAUUUAUUAAUUAAUCUCUUUAAUGUGAUAAAGCUGCAUUUUGUCAGAAACAUACAUUCGUAAUAUGUCAAACGGAUACGUGCAUUCCGUGAAAGUUCCGCGUCUCUACAAGUGUACCGCUGACAUCGUGCGCCGUGCGCGAGAGAAUGGUGCCAAUCUGAAAUCUCUCAUUUUCGAGACGAAACACACUAAUACUUCUGCCGUAUAUGGCUUGUCGAUGAAUACUCUGAGAGCGUUCUCUCAGUUAGAUCAGCUUCUCGAAAACACCAAAAUUCUUGUCGAGCAACCACGUUUAGACCCCUGGCUAGCCAGAGUUCUAAUAACAGAGCUCUUGUGGGGCAAGAAGAAACUGCAAAGCGAGGCUAAACCAAUUCAAACCGUGCUGGCCUAUACGGACAAGCUGAGAGAAGAAGUGAAGAAUUUAGAAUACCAAAAACCCAUCAUCUCCCACAAAGAUAAAGCACAAAAGCCUAGAUACGUCCGUAUCAAUACGCUUUUGUUAUCAAUAGAAGAAGCCCUUUCCUUUUUGCAAGAAGAAGGAUGGGAGUUAUUACCCAAAAGCACAACAUAUCCUUUAUAUCUGCAAACUGUAUCUCGUUUAUCGGAGCCUUAUUUUAUACAAGAUUUUCAUAUACCGGAAAUAUUGACUUUUCCAUCUGGAACGGUGUUUUACGAUCAUCCCGGUUAUCAGAAGGGCAAAUUGCUUCUUCAAGAUAAGGCUAGUUGUUUGCCUGUUUACUUGUUGCUAAAUCCUGAUGUUGGUUCCACGGUACUGGAUAUAUGUGCGGCACCCGGUAUGAAAGCCACAUAUAUAGCAGCAAAACUGAAGAAUAUCGGGACGGUGUAUGCUGUGGAAAUCGAUACUGCGAGAUUUAAAGCAAUGGUGCAACUUGUGGAGAAGACAAAGUCUUCCUGCGUUCUAUCCAUUAAUCAAGAUGCCUUGACUCUUGAUCCAAAACAGUACUCGUCCGUGGAAUACAUUUUGGUGGAUCCGUCUUGUUCUGGCUCAGGUAUCGUCGACAGACCGGAAGAGAGCAACAUGAUCGGCAGAACUGAUUCAGAGCGUCUGAAAAAUCUGCAAUCAAUUCAGGUUUAUCUUCUUAGAUACGCGCUGUUUAACUUUCCAAAAGCAAAGAGAAUAGUCUACAGCACCUGUUCUAUUCAUCCUGAAGAGAACGAAGAAGUAAUAGACGAAGUUCUCGCCGAUAUCGGCGACGCUUAUCGUCUGGUACCGGGUAAACAAUUGUUGCCGAACUGGAUGAACUUCAGCUCAGAACAAUAUCAGUGCGGGGAUCGAUGUUUGUAUGCGAGGUCAGAUAUUGAUUUCUGCAAUGGGUUUUUCGUGGCAGUGUUUGAAAGGAAUUUUGAUGUACCUAUACCAAAAUUUACACGUAAAGGAGGUAACGCGUGUUCCUCUGUCGAAGCUGAUCCAGAUGUAAAAUGUGAUAACAAGGCGAAGAAAGUUCCACAUAAAAAAAAGCGCGGAAAGAACAAGAACACAGAAGAAUUCUUAAUUGGUAAAGUGAGCGAUAUUGAAUCUGUAUCGCAAACGGAAGAUCAAGCGAUAAAUGAGGCAAAACCGAAGAAACGCAAAAAGAAAUUACAAGAAACUGAUGCUUGUUCCUCAACAAACUUGAAUCGUGAAGAACUAGGAUCGAGUAAGUCGGAAAGUAUUCAGAAUGAGACGGAAGACGUGGAAUCGAAGAAAUCAAAGAAAAAGAAGAAAUCAAAGCGCAAAGAUAUACCUGAGAUAAGAGAAAAUAAUGAAGUAAUGGAAGUAAACAAAGAUAUGGAAAAUGAGCCAACAAAGAAGAAAAAGAAAACUGGCAAUAAGGAAGAUGAAAAACUUUGUGUCACACAAAAAGAACAAGAUGAAACGGAAUUGUUAACCAAAAAGAAAAAGAAGAAACAGAUCACGGACGCAAUUCAUAUCGAUAAUUCUGAAGAAAAUGAAGAAUGUGAGAGAAAAAACAAGAAACAAAAGAAGAAAGAAAAGGAUGUAAAUCAGGAAGAAGUUAAACAAGAAUCAGUUGGAGUACAAAAAAAGAAGAAGAAAAAAGAAGGAUAAUAGAAAGUGAAGAUCCAAUCUUGGGAGUAAAACGUUUGAAUUUAGAUUUUUAAUAAAGAGAAACUGUUUUGCUCCAACAUCCUGCAACUUGGUCUUAAUUUUGAAUUUGUCACGAGCCUACUCAUAGAAUAAUAAAAGAUAAUAUCGAUGAUCAGGAAACUG